ACGUGAGGUGGCAGACGAACUACUACCACCCGUAGUUAUCCUUCCCAUAAUUCCCAUCAGACGUGCUGAAUAUGUCGACUGACUUAAUACAAUGGCUCUGACCGCUCUCGGUCUGGGCAGCCAAAGCAGUACACAGUUAACUAGGACGUUAGAAAAAGUAUUCGAAGAUGCACAGUUAACUGGUGAACUUAAACUCAGCGGAAGGAAAUUAAGGGAAUAUCCGAAAUUAGCCAGUGAAUACGAUUUGUGCGAUACGGUAGCUGCAGGUAAGUCGAUUUUUAUACAUAUUGAUAGAUCUGAUUUGCGCUUCCAAAAUGGCUUAACUUCUGAUAAUUGUAGGAAGAGAUACACUUUGGAUUCAGGUUACAAUACAUCUGAUGGAAGUGAUAAGAGAUGGUCUCAAGAUUUUCAAGAGGAUAUUAGCUGUAAUGAAUUGUCUAUAUUACCACCCCAAAUUGGUGAUUUAGAUUCUCUGAAAUCUCUGAAUAUUCGAAGAAAUCAACUUGUUGAAUUGCCUUCAGAAGUGUGUGAACUCCAGCUUGUAAAGUUAGAUAUAUCUGCAAAUAGAAUAACAACAUUACCACCAAAUUUACGUUUCAUGUAUAGUUUACAAGAGUUCAUUUUAGACUGCAAUCCUUUAUCUUCUCCACCAGCAUUUGUAUGUUUAGUUUUUAUACAUAUUGAUAGAUCUGAUUUGCGCUUCCAAAAUGGCUUAACUUCUGAUAAUUGUAGGAAGAGAUACACUUUGGAUUCAGGUUACAAUACAUCUGAUGGAAGUGAUAAGAGAUGGUCUCAAGAUUUUCAAGAGUUAAAUGGAGAUCUAGAAGAUUCUCAUCAUCUUGCACUUAGAGCUGCUGCUCUUGCAAAAGGAAGACAAGAAAGAGAAUGGUUAUAUAAUAGUUCUGAUACUAUUACUUCUCCUACAUCAGUUAUUUUAAAUUCAAAUAAUGAAUCUCCAAAUGGACUUAGUAGUAUCAGUACACCAAGUACUUUGAGUCCAACUAGUGAAAUUAAUGUGGAAGAAGUUUUUAUGAAAGAAUCACAAAAAGAACAAAUAACAGAUGUUUAUGAACAAUCUAAAGAUGACUAUAGGAGAAUGGCAAGAAAAGUUUUAGAACAACAAAGGGAAGAAGCUAGAAAACUGCAAGAACGAAGUCCUUCUAAAGUUUUAGCUUUAAAAAAAGAUUCAUGUAAUAUUAAUAAUUCUCCUGUUCUGAAUUCAUUGAAUUGUUCACAAACAUGCAGACAACUUAAUGAAAAUUUACGAUAUCAGACAAUAACUGAUGGACUAAAUAAAAGAACACAGUCUGAUAAAUGUCAUAAAAAGUUUCAGAGUUUAAUUUUUACUUCAGAUUAUUCAUCUCCAUCAUUUACAGCACGAAGAGAAAUAGAUAAAGUUAAAGAAGAAAAAAAGCAGGUUGAUCAUUUACGUUGUAUCAUUGAAGCUAAAUUAAAAGUGACACUUCCAGAAGAUUUGGGAUCAGCUUUGAUGGAUGGUGUUGUUCUUUGCCAUUUGGCCAAUCGGGUUAGACCCCAUUCUGUUGCUAGUAUACAUGUGCCUUCACCUGCUGUGGAACUGCUCUGCACGCCACAGGAUAUACUCGAAGAACGGGGAUUAAUAUUUAUUGCCAUAACUGUACAGGAACUCAUGAAGCACGCACCUGCAAGAAAUUCUAGUAGUAAUAGUAGCAAUUGCUAAUUUCGAAAAAUGCACAAAAACGGUCAGUGUUUUUACCCGCUAGUCCUAGUAGAACUGUCAUCUCGGCAUUUUUUAAUUAAGAACAUAAGGCAUGUACAGCAUGUAGAUAUAAACAGUCAUCUUAGCUUCAUUCUCAUCUCUAUAUAAAUAUUCUGUAAGUGUUUUUUUUCAUGACAUAUUUGUGUAAAUACUCACAAAUGUAUAUCGUGUAAAAGAUUAAAAGAAGCAACAACAAAAAAAAAUGUAUAUGAUGUAACAAAAUUUGCCGGGAAGAAAAAUCCUUUUAAAUUGAUAUUUAUAUUUUAUCCUCUAUUUUUAGAUUCUAAUAGAGAUAAUAUACUUAAUUUCAUCAAAAAAGAUAUAAACUAAUUAUGAGCACAUUUGUUUUGAAAAGUUAUUUUCAACAAAAUUAACAAAUUGAUUGUUAAAGUAUAUAUUAUAAAUGUCAAAUACAUUUUAUAAAUUUUGACGAACGAGUUUAAUUUCUUAACCAUUCGAAACUUUUUUGAUGUGCUCUAACAAACCAACGUUGACAAAUAUAUAUAAAUUAUUAUAUUAAUUUUAUAUAUGUAAUGCUUGAGUGGUGAAUUAAAUGUGGUAUGUGUAUGAUCAACAAAGAAAAGGGAAGCAAACUGAAUUGAGACGAGACAAAGUUUCACGAAGGACAUUCAGAGUUCAAAUACGUCAGUCGAAUCGCUCGAUGACAAGAAAUUUAAAUUGUAUACUUCGUUUCCAAUUUUUUGUAUUGUUAAAAAAUUGGGAUUUAAAAAAAAAAAUGACAAGUAUUAAACUGCCAAAAAAUUUUCUUGUAAAAAAGAUUUAUA